UAACCCAUAAUUGAAGAAGAGCCUUCUCAACCUCACAUAUAAAAACAAGCUAUUCUCAUCAUACUCUUCUUCAGCGUUACCAUCUCCAACAACUCCAACCAUAACCAUAUAACAAUAACCGUUUUAAUUUCAUCACUGCAAAACCACCUUCAAAACACAAACUCACGCGCUCACUCAAAAUGCAAGCCGUUGAGGUUUCUGGAAAGUUCGAACAUGAUUUCAUUGCCAAGCUCAAAAUCGACGAUGAGAAAAUCGAAAACGAAGGCAAGCAAAUUGAAGAGAAGGUAGAAGAACAAGAUGAGGAAGAGGAAGAGUUUAGCUUCGUGUUCGCGAAUCCCGAUGGCUCGCUAAUCUCCGCCGACGAGGUGUUCGACAACGGCCAGAUACGCCCGGUUUUCCCUGUUUUCAACCAGGAUCUCCUGUUUUCCGAUGAUUACGACGGCGGCGACGGUCUCCGGCCGCCGUUUAAGAAGGUCUUCGUCCAACACCCCGACGAUUAUCCCUCGUCGUCUUCGGCGGCGGCGUCUUCUGCGCCGGGAGUGCCGGAUGGGCCUUACUGCGAGUGGUCUCCGCAAACGGCGGUGAAGAGCAACUCGACGGGAUUCUCGAAGAUUUGGAGACUCCGGGAUCUGAAGCUCCGGUGCAACAGCGACGGCAAGGAUACCUUCGUGUUCUUGAAUACUGCAUCGGCGGCGAAAGCCGAGAAGCCGAGAUCCGGCGAAGCUAAAAACGCUGUCGUAAAGAAGGUGAAGGGGAAAACGGCGUCGUCAGCGCACGAGAAGCAUUACGUGAUGAAUAGAGCGAAGAAAGAGAGCGAUAAACGCAAGUCUUAUUUGCCGUAUAGGCAAGAACUGUUUGGGUUCUUCGCCAAUGCCAACGGAUUCACCAGGAAUGUUCAUCCUUAUUGAGAUCUUUUGCUCACGGGAAUUCAUCAAAUCAAAUUCAUAAUUUUGAUUUAUUUUUGUGUAAAUGUUAGUAAUUCAGCAACCUAACUUGGGUUUCUUUUGCUGUGAUGUAAAUUCAUUGAUCUUUUUUUAGUGUUAAAAUAUUUGAAUAUAUCUGAUAAAAAAAAAAAUUGCAUAUAUUUUUCCCCCCCUGCUCCAUGGAUGUUCAAUGAUGUUAUAAUGAGUUAAUUAUUUAAUGUUUU